CUCGUUGCCCGUCCAAUUCACUGCGACGUCGUUUUACGUUGAGCAUUCGCUAGCCUCGACUGAACCGGAACGACCGUGUGUGUGUUAUAUUUGAAUCGGAGCAAGUGUCUACAUUUUUGAAAAUGGCAAAGUUGUCAAUUUUUGUGCCCGUUUUAUUAGUGGCUGCAUUUGUUGCAUACGGUGAGGCAGUCCGAUGCUGGUCGUGUUCAUCGGACCUCAACCCCUACUGCAAUGACCCGUUCGUCCCCAGCCUAGCCGACACCUCGGGACUCUUCAGCCUUGAAUACUGCGAUGGCAACACUGGCGCCUCUUACCCCUAUCUGACCACAUCAAAGUCAGCGUGCAAGAAACAGAAGAAAUACAUUGGGGGCAACCUAGUGAUAUCCCGUGGCUGCACAUGGAAGCGUCAAGACGACUACUCGACCGCCUGCGCAGCGUCCUCGUCUGGUGCCAACGAAGUGACUUUGUACUGCGAAACCUGCGAUCGUGAUGGUUGCAACGGCGCUUCAGCUGUGGGCAUGGCUAUGGCACUUAUGAUGGCACCUCUCGGCCUCCUACUUUUUAAGUAACAAUAAGUUCAAUAAUUUAUUAUUGGGGACCAUGCCAAUAGUACCUACUGUCUUAACAGCUAUGAGCCCACCGUAAAUACCUUCAAAUAAGGGCGUUUACAAAGGGGGCAAGGGAGCGCUUGCCCCUAAGCCACUCUUGAUGUCCUUAGGGAUCCGAACACACUUUUAAAAUUGCCACAUCUAUAUCAAAUUACCCACGUAAUAACUCAUAUAUUAUUUUUGCUUCAUGAUUGAUGCUCCCUACGCAGCACCACUUUCUUGAAGUAUUAGUUUAAGAGCAUUAAGCAAUGAGAACUCAAAAAAAAACUUAAAAUGGAAAGCUCUUAAAAUCAAAAGUUUGCUGAAACAGCUCAGGAACAAAUCUUCAUGGCGUUUGAAUCAAUAAACGUAAAUAAUAAACAUAUAUUUUCACAUUUUCCCUGGCUUUGCAUCUGCAAGUAUCGCCACAAGACAUUCCUCCUUCCAGUUUUAUCCACCCUCUGUGCAAGGUCGAAAUAUUAAACCGGGUUAUAAACGUCUCGAUUUCCUGGCUUUGGCAGGUGGGUAAAAAAAAUUGUAUCCCAUUUCAGUGGAUAUAAUCGGGGUGUCCAAUCUUUGUCUUCUGCUUGAGACCUGCUGAAGCAAUUCUUGGCUACGCCCUCGCCAGUGGCGUGCACUUCAUACAUGCACAAAAGCACUGCAUACCCUAAAAUUGAAAUAUUGCCCGUAUUAGAGGAGGAUUUUUUCCAUUUUAUGCAAUUCUCCUGUUGAAUGCAUACCCUGGUAAGAAACCCAAUGCACGCCACUGGCCCUCGCAUACUUACACAACUGCCAACACAUUUGUGAUGCAAGUUCUACUUUUUCCGAUACCCACGCAAGGACAAUAAAGCAAUAUAUUUAUUUAUGCAAACAAUUUUUUUUUUUAUUUAAGACACAAUCUUCGUGAAUAUACUAGCUACCUAAGCCAAGAAGUUGUACCUAUCGACUGUCGAAAUUUGUGAAAAUACAAUCUGCGACAUAGCCACGUUAUCACAUUAUGCAAAUGCUCUAUAAGAGUUUAUCAUUGUUAAAAAUAAUCAAUUUAGCAAUACAGGUUUAAUGAAUUUUGGAAUGUAUUCCAUGAGAUUCUUAUUUAUGUUGCCAACAAAAAGAAAGUAACUUUCCCCAAAUUAUAACGUUGUCCCUUACAACAAUAAAAUUAUUUAAUAAGUAUCUUAAAAAAUUUAAGUGUAGAUAUUUUAAGAAAUAUAGGUAGAUACCAUCAUAUAUUGACAACACUAAAAUAUCAUAAAUGUUAUGAAACAUGAAUUACAGUAUUGCAUCGAAAUAUCUACGAAGAUCUCUAAAUUUUUAAAGUACACACCAAAUCCACAGAGAAAAAAAUAAUAAUUAAUUAAUUAUGUUUUAAUUGUUAAUCGCACCAGUUUUUUCUUUAACUAACACUAAAGUUUUCUAAGACUACGUAAGUACCUAAUUGUAAUAAGCUGUUAAGAUUUGAUUUAAGUGUUUAUUUAUACCUCUGUUUGUACAUAAGAAAAGGUCGCGUUACGUAAAAAGACCUCUGGAGACCUUGGCAACCAGAAACCAACCAAUUUUUACAAUGCUUUCGUUAAAAUGAGUGCUCUCGUGUUUGUUAAUGAAUGCUUAUUUAGUGUUAUGUAUCAUAAUUAUAGGCUAACACUGUUGCUAAUAACGCUAAGUAGUGAGUUGGUCAGAGGACUUUUUACGUGUCGUGAUGUGUAAAAAGUUAAUUCAUCUUUAUUAAGAUUAACCAUUUUACUUUUACCACUUUCAUUAUUAUGGUAAAAUGUCCCAGGUUGUCAUUGUGUCUUUAUUAUGACAUAUUCAAAUAAUUGCGAUUCCAGUGAUUCUUCGAUUCUUCAAUUCAUUUUGUAUUUCGUUCUAUCUAUACGUACUAACUAUUUCUAAGUCUAUAAAAAACCUAUUCGAAUA